AUGGCCAAGUGUAAGGUCUGCGGCGGCGUUGACUUCGAGAGAGAUAUCUCUAAUGCUAAUAAUGACUUGGUGUGUAAAGACUGUGGUACUGUCUCGGAAGACAAUCCUAUUGUUUCAGAGGUCACCUUUGGCGAGUCGAGUUCAGGUGCAGCUGUGGUACAUGGUAGUUACGUGGGCGCUGGCCAGUCACACGCAGCUUUUGGACCUCGUGGUGGUUCAUCGGCACUUGAGUCACGGCAGGCAACCAUCAAUAACGCGAGAAGGAAAUUACGUGCCGUUUCGCACGCGUUAGGCAUCCCUGAGUAUGUGACGGAUGCUGCCACUCAGUGGUACACGCUGGCACUUUCCAACAACUUUGUUCAAGGCCGGCGAUCACAGAACGUUAUCGCAGCUUGUCUUUAUAUUGCGUGCCGUAAAGAGAAAACACACCAUAUGCUCAUAGACUUCUCAUCGCGUCUUCAAGUCUCGGUUUACUCAAUCGGUGCUACUUUCCUAAAAAUGGUGAAAGCACUUCAUAUCACAAAGCUCCCAUUGGCAGAUCCAUCAUUGUUUAUACAGCACUUUGCCGAGAAGCUAGAUCUCGGUGACAAAAAGAUCAAGGUAGUCAAGGACGCUGUAAAACUUGCGCAGCGCAUGGCUCGCGACUGGAUGUACGAGGGAAGACGCCCUGCAGGGAUUGCGGGAGCAUGUCUUCUGCUUGCUUGCAGGAUGAAUAACCUGCGUAGAACACACUCCGAAAUUGUCGCGGUUUCACACGUUGCUGAGGAGACUUUGCAACAAAGAUUAAAUGAAUUCAAAAGCACCAAAUCUGGUAAGUUAUCCAUUAAUGAGUUUAGGGAUGAUGCUGCAGUAGAAUCAGAAGCUCAGCCGCCUUCGUUUCAGCGGAACAGGGCCAAGGAGAAACGGCUGCGCCAAAAGAUUGUAGAGAACGAGUUCGAGACCAGUGACGAAGCUCUUACAAGAAACCCCAUCUUAUCUCAGGUGCUGGGCGCCCAAGAGUUAUCGUCGAGGGAGGUUUUGUACUAUCUCAAGCAAUUCUCGCAGAGGAGAGAGAAAAACACUCAAAGAGAAAACAUUAGCAGCAGCACUAAUGGACUACGAACCCACGGCGAGGCUACUGGGCACAGUGAGGAUGCCGCUGUAAGCUCCGAUAGCGAGGCCGGCACGGAGCAUCGUCCCGAUGCUGAUGUUGACCCCAACAGUCGAUCACACUUCCAGGACGCUAUUGACGGUUACUCCGUAGAGACAGAUCCUCACCGCCCAAGAAAUCUUCAUCUGCUUCCUACAACUUCUGCACUGCUUUCUAAAGUGGCUGAUGAUCCAGAAGACCUGCAAGAUGUGGAUGAUGAGGAGCUGGACUCUCAACUUCUGGACGAAGAAGCCUCAAAACUAAAGGAACGCAUAUGGAUUGGUAUAAAUGGUGACUUUCUGCUCGAACAAGAGUCUAAGAGACUCAAACAGGAGGCGGAUAUGGCUUCCGGGAAUGCUUCCGUGAAGAAACGCGGCGGGCCACGCCGUAAGCGGAAGGCAGCAUCGGACGCAGAUGGCGUACUUGCAGACAUCAAAGACGAUUCAGGUCUCCAUGCUGCACUCAAACUGGCAGAGGAUACUGGUGACUUUACGACAGCUGACAAUGUGAAGAACAUGAUUCAAAAGUCAAGUUUUUCAAAGAAGAUUAACUACAAUGCGAUUGACGGCCUCUUCGGAAGCUCUUGA